AAUUUGGAAAGAGACUGCAGUAGCAGAUGCAACAUCAACAAUUGAAUUUGCGGAAAGGGAAUGCAGCAACAGUGGCAAUAACAACAAUUGGAAGCCUCGCGGGAAUCCUCGUGGACCAUGGCUGCUGCCGCGAAAAAGGGACACGUGGGCAACGUGACGUUAGGAUGCAUCCUCGUUGUCGCCUUCUCGUUGAUCCUAAAUGACCUGACCGCCGUCGAAGCAACGCAGAGAUUUAGGCAUAGCCCGAAGCAAGCUCCGAGAGGCCUGUACAGCCUGAGCAAGAGCUUGAAAAAUAGCGGUCUCUUUCCGUCCACAUUUAAUGUUGCCGCGAAAGCGGACAUUUACGUAAACGCGACGUGCGGUGAGGAGGGCCCAGAGACUUUUUGCAAGCCCUCGGAAUCGUCGAGAUGCGCCGUCUGCGACUCCAAGAGUCCGGAUCUUGGCAAGAGGCACAACAUCAGCAACAUUCUCGAUUCGAGUCCCGGUAAAUGGUGGCAGAGCCCUACAUUAGCCAGAGGCGACCAUUACGAAUAUGUGACAAUCAUCCUGGACCUCAAACAGGUGUAUCAAGUGGAGUACGUGAUAGUAAAGGCCGCGAACUCGCCGAGACCCGCGGCCUGGAUCCUAGAGAGAUCUCUGGACGGCGAGAGCUUCCAGCCGUGGCAGUAUUACGCGCCGAGCGAUGGAGAAUGCUGGACGAGAUAUUCGGCACCGCCUGUCGCGGGCAAACCCGUUUACAUCGCCGACGACGAGGUCAUAUGCACCAGCCAGUACUCCAGACAAACCCCCAUGGAGAACGGCGAGAUCCACACGCACUUGGUGAACGGUCGACCCGGGGCUCUGAAUCACAGCGCGUCUCUGCAGGAAUUCACCCAGGCUAGAUUCGUGCGACUCCGUCUUCAGGGUCUUCGACGUAACGGCGAGGCUUUUGCCGACAAGAGACGUGCCUUUUAUUCGAUAAAGGAAAUCAAUAUCGGAGGACGUUGCUUGUGCUCCGGACAUGCGGCUCGAUGUCGGUAUAGCGUUCAUCACGGGCAUCAGGAAUGCGAAUGCGAGCGCCACACGUGCGGCGAAAGAUGCGAAAAAUGCUGCCCCAUGUACAAUCAGAUCCCGUGGAAGCCCGGCACAGCUGGCAAGGGCUUUCACUGCGAGAAGUGCAACUGCAAUGGCCAUGCUACGUCCUGCAUAUACGACCAGGAAGUGGCCGAGAGGAGAAUGUCCAUGGAUAUUCGUGGGAAAUACCGAGGCGGUGGCGUGUGCGUCAAUUGCACGGAACAUACGACUGGUAUUAACUGCGAAAAAUGUGAGGUCGGCUACUACAGGCCGAACGGCGUUGCACCUGAUGCGUUGGAACCUUGCUUGCCCUGCGACUGCAACAUACGUGGCAGUACAGGCUACUGCACUCCCGACGAUUCCUACACGCGAAUUGGAAAGGUAGCAGGUGCCUGCGAGUGUAAGUCGGGAUAUUCGGGAUACAAGUGCGAUCAGUGCGCUGCCGGUUAUCGGCAGUUCCCCGAUUGCAUGCCGUGCCCCUGCGAUUCCCGCGGGAUUCUGCCGUCCCACGAUUGCGAGGGCGACUGCUUGUGCAAGGCGAACGUUGCCGGGGAUUUUUGCGAUCGUUGCAAACCCGGGUACUACGCGCUCAUGAAGGACAAUCUCGAUGGGUGCAUGUCCUGCUAUUGCUUCGGCCUAGCAGACCGCUGCACCACUGCAAGAUUAUCGUACAGCAUGAUUUCUACGCUAGAGAACUGGUUGGUAACCGACAUGAACGCGUCUCGGGCAGUCGUUCCCAUCUUGGACACGGACAAUGAAUGGCUGACCGUCGCGGCAUUCGAUGUCGAGUAUGACAGCCCUUUCUGGCUGGCGCCACAGAUUUACACGGGGAAUCGCAUAUCCUCGUACGGCAGCAACCUUACGUACUCCGUUGCGUGGGUUGUCAUGCGAGGCGACAGCAGUGGUAAACCGACCACGGAGCCCAAUGUCAUCCUAGUUGGUAACAAUGGAAUGCGCAUAGCAUACGGCGAGGAGCAGUAUAAUGGUCAAGAAGCUGAAAUAGCGGUACCUUUACGAGAGCAAGGCUGGUUUCACGUGCGAAGCGACGUUCGGGACAUCCCGACCAGAUUGAGGAGAACCGAAUUUCGCGGCGAUCCCGUGACGAGGGCGCAGAUGAUACGCGUCCUCGCCGAUCUCAAACAUCUCAUGAUAAGGGCGCGAUAUCAUUCGGAGCAAAUCGAUGGAAGUCUCCAAUCUGCCAUAUUGACGUUGGGGGAAUUAUCGCCGGAUGGAGAAACUGACAAUCUGGUCGAAAUGUGCGAAUGUCCCGAGGGAUAUUCGGGGAUGUCGUGCGAGAAAUGUGCCUGGGGAUACGUGAAGAUGCCCACCAACGGUUCUAAUUAUCAGGACCAUCACAUAUGCGCGAAAUGUGACUGCAACGGUCAUGCGGGUUCCUGCGAUCUCAUUAUUGACGAAUGUGGGACGUGUGAACAUCAUACGGUAGGCCCAAAGUGCGGUCGUUGCGCUAUGGGAUAUUACGGUAUCGCAACGAGAGGCACCAGCGAGGACUGUAAAAAAUGCGCGUGUCCGCUUUCCGUCGAGUCCAACAAUUUCAGUCCGAGCUGUCAGCUCGACAAUCCCGAUGAUAUGAAUAGCGGAUACGUGUGCACGCAGUGUCCCGAGGGAUACACCGGAAAUCAUUGUGAAACUUGUGAUGUAGGAUUCUAUGGUAAUCCACUGAAGCCUGGUGGUACUUGCGAACGAUGUCCUUGCAACGGUGGUGUCUGCGACCAAGAAACGGGUCGCUGUUUGGAGUGCCGCGGCAAUACCGAGGGCUGGAAAUGCGAGAAAUGCAAGGAAGCGCAUUUCGGAAAUCCUCUGGAGCAGAAUUGCAUGCCAUGCAACUGCUCCCCCAUCGGUAGCAAAUCGGUUCAAUGUGAACAGACGACCGGUCAGUGUCCUUGCCGGCCUUUGUUCGCCGGUCGUGACUGUUCCUCCUGCAUCGAGGGCUACGGGAAUGUGACCGCAGGUUGUCGGGAAUGCGACUGCGACGUGGGUGCCAUCGACGGAUUCUGCGAUUCCGUAAGCGGCGUGUGCAGGUGCGCGCCGGGCGUCGCAGGUUUCCGGUGCGAUCUCUGCGACGUGGACCAUUACAAUCUGUCGGCAGACGGCUGCAAUGGAUGCGGCUGCAAUACUUUGGGCUCCGUGAGUUCUGCCUGCGACAUCGUGACCGGACAAUGUCAAUGUAAACCGCAGGUUGUUGGCAGACAGUGCAGCGAAUGCAAGGUCGGUUAUUGGGGAUUGGCAUCGACAGCUGGCUGCACGUCCUGCGAAUGCGAUUCUAUGGGAUCCUAUAAUGCAUCCUGCCACAGCGACACAGGAGAAUGCUACUGCAAACCGGGCGUGGGUGGCUCGCGCUGCAACAGUUGUCAGUCUGGAUACUAUGGAUUUUCUGCGAACGGCUGUCAACUAUGCGACUCGUGUGUGCGACCCGGUCACGUGUGCGACCCCGACACCGGUCGCUGCGUGUGUCCCCGCUUGACCUACGGCGAGCACUGUGACCGGUGCAGACCGGGUGCGUGGGACCUGGUGCCGCGCGUCGGCUGCAGACCGUGCGCCUGCACCCUGGGUGCCACGCGACCCCAGUGCGAUCAUCAGGGUCAGUGCCCCUGCAGGAUCGGUUACGACGGGCUCAGGUGCGAGAGGUGUGCCAAGGGUUACUACGGCUAUCCGAGGUGCCGUCCUUGCGGCUGCAACUUGGCCGGCACGACGCACUGCCCGGACGGUAUCUGCGAAUGCGACGAUAAGGGACAGUGCCCGUGCAAGGAACUGGUCGUCGGACAAAAGUGCAAUCAGUGCAAGGAAGGUACGUUCGGCCUUGCGACGAACAAUAUCAGAGGAUGCACCGAGUGCUUCUGCUUUGGAAGGAGCACUCUGUGUCAACAGGCUGGACUCAGUUGGGGUCAACGCAGAUUGACUCGGCCUCGCGUACUUUAUAUCAACGACACUGUCAGCGAUGUGAUAAUAACGAACUUUGGCACCACGACUGAAUUGCCAGCGGUGAACGGAGGAUUGAACGUGACAAACGGGCUCUCUGUAAUUCCCGGAUCCAAUGGCGAUGUCACGUUGCCCACGAAUCUCUAUUACAGUUAUCCCUUGUACUGGAGACUGCCGGAUUCUUUUCUGGGCGAUAAGGUCGUAUCCUACGGAGGAUUCCUGCGCUUUAAAACCUCGACAGAAGGUGGGAUACCUCUAAGAUCGAAUCUUCGAUAUCCCGUGGUGCAGUUGCAAGGCAACAAUAAGAUUGUCUUGGAGUAUUAUCUGCAUCUACCAGUGAACGAUAAUCGUUAUGAAGUCAGAUUCCACGAGUCGCUGUGGCAGCUACAAAACAGACCAGAUUACAAGGUCUCCAGGGAGGUUCUAAUGGUCGCGUUACAAAAUCUGCAAUAUAUCCUCGUGAAAGCAUCGGACAAUGCUGAAUUCAUAAAAACCACAUUGCUGGAAGCUUCCCUCGACGCCGCUGUCCUGAUGCCUACGCACUCGCCACCGCUGGCGACCGGAGUGGAGAUCUGUCAGUGCCCUCUGGAAUACAACGGCACGUCUUGCCAGGAUCCCAGCAUCGGCUUUUACAGGUGGUACAAGAACACCACCGCUACGUCUACCAUCGUGAUCGAUCUCGUUGGACAAGCCAGGCGCUGCCAGUGCAAUGGGAGAUCCGAAGUGUGCGACAGGGAGACGGGAUAUUGCUUGAACUGCAAAGAAAACACGAUUGGUACACAUUGCAACGUUUGCGCUGACAGUUUUUACGGUCAUCCGGAAUUCGGAGGUUGUAAGCCAUGUCCAUGCCCGCAAGCUGAUAAGAGAUUUUCGAGUACCUGCGUGGUUCGUACGGACAACGAACCCAUUUGUCACUGCAAGCCAGGUUACAUCGGUAGAAAAUGCGAACGUUGCGCCUACGGCUAUUACGGCUCUCCCGGCCUUCCGGACGGCAAGUGCGUUCCAUGCAAUUGCAACUUGGCAGGAAGUUUGAGCGACGCUUGCGACGGCGAGACAGGACAGUGCAAAUGCAGGCACGGUUCCACGGGCAGAGAUUGCUCCCAGUGCACGGCAUAUCGGCACGUUUAUAUAAACAAUGUUUGCACUUCAUGCAAUGACAAUUGUACGGGAAUUCUGCUCGAUACUGUUGCGAAUCUAUCUGAGGAACUGGCCGGAGGAACGGGCCACAUAGCAGACGGAUACAUUCCACCCCCUUGGGAAGAAUUGUCGUACAUCGAUUCCAACGUGACUGCAUAUUUUGAGGAAUUGGAGUUGCAAACUCAUUUGCAACAAAGAAUGAAAAACGUGCCGUGGCUUCAUUACAAGAAGCUUGCGGAUGAUGUUGAAUCUUUGUUAAGAAAUUUCAACAAGCUUGCAAAACAUGCUGAUACGUUGAAGACCAAGAGCGGUGAUUUGAAAAAUAACAUUUUUACCGCAAAGAUCAUGCUCGAUAAUUUGAGAAAAAAUAUAGGAGAUACAACUUUGGAACUCAAUCAAUACAGCAAUGAUAAUAGAAGAAUAGAAAUCAAAAAAGCUUUAAAAACUGCGAAGUCGAUCUUGAAUUAUCUUAAGUCCGUUGACAUAGCCAGCAGAACCACAGAAGUUGAAAACUUCCUUGAUGACGUUACCAAAUACGUGGCAUGGCUAAAUUCUCUUUAUGACGCGACUGAACCUUUGGCGGCCGUCCAAGAUGAUGUUAAAGAUUAUGAGAUAAAGUUGGACGAUAUACGAAUGAUUAUGGAAAACACCAUGGAAACGCUGUUCAGUUACGACAGUUUGUAUAACGGUAUCAACGGGACAUUUGCGGAGGCCAAGAAUUACUGCACUCGUAUCGGAAUGCUGCACGACGAAACAAACGAAACAAUUACCGAGGGAAAGAAUCUUGUCGAUGAGGCUCAAGGUCUACUUGUUGAUGCGGAAAGCAAUAUUCAAGAUCUCCCAGACUCACGGGAUAAAUUAAUGUUUUGGAUGGAGAAGCUAAGCAUGAAAGAAGAACUCCUAUACCGAUUAAAUUACGAGUAUGACGAGAAGUACGUAGUGCCGGCAGUGCGACACGCGAAGAAUCUGUCUAAUUACGUGGAUCAGUAUGUCAGUUUGUUCGCCGAAACGCGAGAUAUUGCGGCCAGUCCAUUGAAGGCAAGCCAAGCCUACAAAAACAUUGUUGAUGGCCUGUAUGCGGCGAGGACCACUGUACUGGCAGCCAAGGAAAUAAUCGAGGAUGUGCACGAGAAGAAAUCGCUGUUGGAUAAUUCCCAGGAAGUAUUAACCAAGUCUUCGCAACAGUGGGAAUUGGCAAAGGAGCACGGAAAACUAGUCAGAAACGCGAACGCCAAAUUGGAAGGUCAGAAGCAAGCCGUGCUCGUGUUGAAAGAUACGUUGAACAGCACUGGGAUAAAGGACAACGAGAUAAAUGUGAAACUGCGAGAGUUGCAGAGUAAUAGUAAAAAAUUACAUGAGAAUUUACUGGAUAUCUUUGAGGAUAACAACGAAGUAGUAGACUCAGUCAAGAAUACGCAACAAUUGAUCGACGAUUACAAGCAAGGCAUUGCCGACAGAUUGAAACCGAAAUUGCACGAAUUGAAACGUGAAGGCGAUUCGAAGAUUGGCCUCGCCAGUGAAAAAUUGUCAGAAGCGUUAAGCAAUAUUAAGAAAGCCGAUGCGAAAUUAAUAAGUCUAUCGAACGCUGCGAAGAAACGAAAAGCUGUUUUCGACAAGUGGAACGAUACAUUAGCUUCGAAACUGCAAAAUCUCAAAGACAAAAUUGCUGAAGCCCGAAAUACUGCUGAAGGGAUUCGCGUUUCUCUGCGAUCGGUAGAGGGUAAGGAGUGUAUCCGUUCGUACAGACCAAUGAUGCUGCAAUCCUCGUCAACGACGUCGAUUGUGAUAACAUUUGCGCUUCCAACCGCACGCAAAGAGGGUUCUCUAUUUUACUUGCCCAGUGGAAUUAAUGAUGAUUUUGUCGCUCUAGAGAUAAUUGACAAAAAGGUGCGAUUCCUGUGGAACGUUGGUGGUGGUACAGGAAUAUUAAUACAUCCUGAAGUUCUCGAAAGCGGCGAUUUGCAGAAUGACAGGUUUUGGUAUCGAAUUGAAGCUGAAAGAACGCGGCACACAGGCAAAUUGAACGUACACAAACAAACUUCAACGUCUGGAAAAUAUCUCCCUGUCAUAAACAUGACCAACUCCGAGUAUGGUCGUUUCGAUGUUUUACCUACGGACCGAAUAUGGAUAGGAGGUAUUCCUAAGUCGCAGAAAAGACCAACGGAACUGAUCGCUGGUAACGGUCUUCCUGGUUGCAUUCAUCAAGUGAUUCUCGAUGGAAGGCAAAUCGGUCUCUGGAAUUUUAUCACAACAGCGCCGGACAUGGCUUGUAAAGCUUGCGUGGAAGGAGUGGAGGAUGCCAAAGAUGAUAUAGCUUACAGUUUUAAUGGAGAGGGCUACGCCGUGAGAAAUAGAGUCUCAUCGGGUCCCUACAAUAAAUAUAUGUUUGGAGUCUCGAUUAAUUUUCGAACGUACGAUGAGAACGCGUUGCUAUUUUUGGCCAUUAACAAAGAUAAUAAUCAGCACAUCAUGAUUUUCCUUCGGGAAGGCAGAGUGAUUCUUCAUGUCGGCUACGGUGGAAAUGUUAGUUUGGAGAUGUCCUCUACUUACAAAUAUAACAACGGCAAUUGGACAAAAGUAGACGCAUUCCGUCAGUAUCAAGUACGCAAAAACAUUGAAAAAUGCAGCCUUAGCAUCGGCGGUGACAACGACAAGCGAAUCGGUGUACCUUCGCCACAGCCCAGAAAAGAGGAUAUCCCGGAUUUGGCUCAAGCAAAGUACUACAUUGGCGGGCUGCCACCGAGUUUCCGCGCCGAAAAAUUGGUAUUACCCUCGCAGGUGUCGUUCCUUGGAUGUAUGGCCAAUAUCAUAGUGCAGGAAGGUUACGAUCCAAUGGCCGAACAAUAUUACGGGGUGGAAUCGAGUUGCAGUAAUAAGCCAUUGAAGAUAGUCGGAUUUUAUGGGGAUGGAUAUCUCGAACACUCCGCAUAUACUCUGCGGAAGAUCCACUCUGUUUUAAGCUUUUCCUUCAGAACUAUGCAGGAUGCAGCUAUGCUUCUUCUCUCCACAUUCGAGGGCCACGAAGACAGCUUAAACGAUAAUCUCAAGGAAACAGAGAAAAGAAACAGCUACUACUCCGUGUGCAUUCUGAAUGGACAAGUGCAAGUUCACUUAAAUGCUGGCCAUGGAGAAUUGGUUCUUCGAUCGAACAAUACUUUCAACGAUGGAAGAUAUCACUCGGUCACUAUUAUUAAGAAUAGAAAAGAAGUAGAACUAAGAAUCGAUGAUGCAUAUCAAACAUCAGGAAGAUUACGUAAUAGUAUGGCAAUCAAGGCUCCCGGUUCGAAUGGUGGACUUUUUUUUGGUGGAUUACCAGCUCUCAUCAAUAAUACGAAAAUGAUCGCAACUAACACACCACUAUAUGGUGCUAUCAAGGAUGUGAUUUUCAAUGACAUAAUUCUUCGAUUCGACGAUGCAGUUAAUUUUGAUCAUGCUUUAAUUGGUCGUCCUGGACCGAGUAUGGGAAAAGACAUGCUGAAUUACACGCCAUCGGCGCCAUUGUCUCGAGGGAUGUCUACGCAACCCGAGGGAUGCCAGAAGGUGCCUUAUUACUCGUUAGAACCGGGUGCUCUGAAAUUUGGCGAUAAACCGCACAGUCACACGCAGCUCUAUCUCAACUUCAAGAAAUUCUGGGAGAAGAAAUAUACGAUAGAAUUCGAUUUUAGGACAUAUUAUCCCAACGGAUUGCUAUUUAUCACUCCGGGUCUUCGCUUAAGGCACUAUUUAAUGGUACUUAUCCGGGACGGGCAGCUUCUUUUGGUAGUGAGAAGCAAACAGAGAAAGGAAAUAUUGUUCAAGACGCCGUUUAAUGAUGGUAAUUGGCAUCAUGUAGUCAUCAGCCACGAAGAAAAAAAGCUUACUCUAUUAGUGGAUACUCAGACACCGCGUGUCCUUAAAGUACCAAAGAAGAUUGGUCUUGCAUCUAUGAUGUACAUUGGCGGUCUUCCGGAAAGCGGAACGCCCAUCCCGGAACAAGUAGUCGUCAGAUUGGCGACAUUGAAGGGAUGUAUCAGAGGCCUGAAGAUAAAUGGAAACGUCUACGACAUGGUAGGUUCCACCAGCAGAGCCUUCAACGUCGGCCAGUGCUUCCCGAGCGUCGAGAGUGGAGCAUACUUCCAGGGCGAGGCUUAUGCUAUUUAUCGAAACAACUUCGAGGUGGAUGGGGUGCUCGAACUUCAACUGGAGUUCAGAACAUCGGAAGUGUCCGGCGUGUUGCUAUCGCUUACCGCACCCAGUGGUUCACCUUCUCUAUCACUGGAACUCAACAGCGGCAAGGUGAUCAUGUCGGGUGAUCUAGGCGACAACAAUCCAGUAUAUGUGGAACAGGGCUUCGCCAGUCACUACGCAAUCUGCGACAACCGAUGGCACAGGAUUCAAGCCGUGUACAAUGACGAGGAGCUAGCGCUCAAGGUGGACGAGUUGGACCAAAAAUAUGGCCUGCCCACGAACGUCAAUUAUCAUUUCAAUAGCUCUAUCUUCUCCGGUCCGUUGUAUAUAGGUGGAAUACCAGCAACUGCUCAGAAAGGUUCACUGUUAACACGAGAUCACUUUAAUGGAUGUAUCAGGAAUGUAAUGAUAAAAGGAGAGAGGCGAGACUGGACAGACAUGGCUGAGCUACACAACAUCCACCUAAGCUCCUGUCCGGUUCAAUGAUAACGCGCAUGAAAAGAGGAAAAAACGAUUACCUUGGCGUUUAGCGCUUUUAGUUCCAAAGACUACUCGAGGAGUUGCAUCAGUUUUAACAAUCGCACCGGGAUUAACGUGCCAUAUAUUCGCAGACGACGAGUUCUUUAAGACUUAACAAAGCCAAAAGAUGCUAAACCGUAAACCGUUCCGUUAGACUAAUCGUCGUAACAUGAAGUUAAAAAAAGAAAUGAAAGAAAAGACCGUACGCGUCGGUCUCGCCGUGGCAGACAAAUGGCAUGAACAAUUUCGUCGUACGCACGCAAGCCAUCCGUAACGCGUGCAGACGGUGAACAUUUUAUGCGUAAAUAGCUGAGAACACUGCCAUAUAGUUUAAUUAUUCGCUGUAAGCCGCAAACAAUUUGUACAUCAGUAUUUAAAAGCCAUUAUUUAUUAUCGUUAACGUAGGUCCGAUCACGAGUGAUCGUCACGUUGACGAACUAGCGAAUAGAGAAUAGCGCGAUUACGUUUUGUACUUUUAUAGUUAAACUUCUACCGGAGCCCGAUAUGUAUGUACAUUGUAAAUUUUUGAUAUUUCAAAAAACAUGCAAGUGCCCUGUAAAAAAAAGAAGUGUCCUUUAAUCACGCACACAGAGAGAUGAUGUUCAAAGAAUAUUUAUAUCUAAUAUUCUCUCUCAUACAUAACACACGCACACAACUUUCUUGUUGAACUGUAAUAUAUUACAUAUACACAAGGAAAAUUAACAAAUGACAAAUUCGCUGUUAUGUAUAAAAUAUAUAACAAGAGAAAAUGCGAAUGAGGCUGUGUCGCUUUGACUUAUCCUCUUUAAAACACUCUUCUCAAGAUUUCUAUAAAGUGCCUCAGAAACUUCGGACGCAGCUUUAUAAAAUUUCAUAAUGCAAUUUUAUGUUUCUCUCUAAGACUGAAUUAUUGAACGUGAAAAAUUGAAAAGUUCUGGAUAAUUUAGGCGUCAAAGAGAGAGGUAAGAAAACUUUAUUCUUAUAAUAUAUACGAAUAAAAUUUUCACUUAAGAUAUUAAUAAAAAUUGAAGUUCUCAUAAAGAGAGAAAAAUCCAGAUCUCUUAAAGAACUGCCACUGAAAUACAAUUGAUGAUAUGGAUCACCUUUAUGUAUACUCAUCCGCGGAAGAAUAAAAGUCUAUUACAAAUGGGUUAUUAAAUUUUAUUAAUGACAUUCGCUGCGAAGAUGCUAACAGUAAAUUAUGACCCAAAUCUUACAUGACGUACUGAAUAAAUAUACAUUAUCGUCGAGUAGGUAGGUAUACGUUUUUUUUUCGUUUUAUGUGUAUAUAAAAACAUAAUAUUUACAGAGACACGGAUAGAAGUUCGAGAAAUGAUAUAUUCGUCUUGAUCGUCAAAAUUUCAGCGACAAUAAAAAUCGAUAAUUAUUACGUAACAAUAAUCAUUUAUUAUUAGUAAGCGCGAUUUAACUGCGGCGUAUAAAUUUACGUCGUGCCGCAGUAUAUUCAAUUUUGUGUGUGUGUGUGUGUGUGUGUGUGUGUGUUGUGUGUUGUGUGUAUGCCUGGUUUCCCGUCUCCUUCCCGUCGUCUCGGUCUAUCCCUUUUUUUUUAUCCAUGUUCAAUUGUCGCAUCCAAGUCUUUUUUCACCAGCUCA